AACAUACGUCUUAAAUAUUCAACAUUAUUUUCAGUAUAUUCACGUGGUAUGAUCUAAAAAAUGAAAAUAAGUGUUGUUGCAAAUUGUUUAUUAUUGUGUUUAGUUGUACUGAAGUGUAAAGGAGCAAAAAUUUUGGGUAUAAUUCCAACUGCGUCUUACAGUCAUCAAAUAACAUUCCAGCCGUUAUGGACGGAGUUAUCUUUACGAGGACACAACGUAACUGUCAUUACGACAGAUCCUCUCAAUAACGCAUCUUUGAAUAAUUUCAGAGAAAUCGAUAUCAGCGAAAUAUACGAUCUAUUUAGGAAUAUACAGUUUUACGAAACUAUCUCAGUCAAUCCUGUAUAUUUUUGGAAAAUAGUUUUGUUGUUGAGAAACAUUUGUUUAGAAUUAGCUACAACUUUAAUCGAAAAUGAGGAAUUAAAUGCUAUAAAGAAUGAACAUUUUGAUUUGGUUAUAGCCGAAGCGCAUUUUCCUUCUAUAGUAGGUUUUAUAGGACACUAUAAAUGCCCGUGGAUAGGUGUGUCUUCCAUGGAAUCCAGUUUACAGUACAACGUAGCUAUCGGAAAUCCCACGCAUCCUAUUUUGCAUCCAGAUUACAAUCUUCCGUUGGAGAAUUUGGAAAAUUUAAAUUUUUUCGAAAGACUUUUGAGUUUUUUAUAUCGCACUUUGUAUAUAUUCGUGAUAAAUACUUAUAUUUUUCCUAAAUUAUCAACUAUUUAUGAUGAAUCUGGAUGGAAAUCGCCGCCUUUAAUUCAAGUACAAAACAACAUCAGCAUGUUGUUUGUCACUACACACCCCAUUUUUCAUAAAAUCAGACCAUCACUUCCAAAUACCAUAUCAAUUGGAAAUGGAAUGCAUUUCAAGAAACCUCACCCUCUACCUGAGGAUCUCAAACAAUUUCUAGACGAAGGGAAAAACGGCGUUAUUUAUUUCAGUUUGGGAAGUAACGUCAACUCGAAUUUAUUAACCGAAGAAUUCAAGAAAGCCGUUAUCGAAUCGUUCGCUGAAAUUCCGCAUAAAGUCUUACUCAAAAUGGACGGAGAAAUUCAAGGUUUUUCGGAAAACGUUCUAGUCAGGAAAUGGUUACCGCAACAAGAUAUUUUAAGACAUCCUAAUGUGAAGCUGUUUAUAACGCAAGGUGGUCUUCAAUCUCUUCAAGAAUCCGUGGUAAAUGGUAUACCUUUAAUAGGCAUCCCUUUUUUUGGUGACCAAAUAACAAAUGUAAAUAGAAUGGUUAAAAAAGGGUAUGGGAUAAAAUUAGACAGACGUACGAUUACCAAAGAAUUACUGACAAAAGCUAUAAAAGAAGUAAUGAGUAACGCAAGUUACCAAGAAACUGCGAAAGCUAUGGGUGAAAUAUUUAGAGACGAAGAAAUUCCUAGUCUCCAAAGGGCCGUCUACUGGACGGAAUACGUCAUUAGGCACAAAGGAGCGAAACAUCUAAAGAGUCCUAUAGUUGAUAUGCCAGCUUGGAAAUUCUAUAUGUUGGACGUACUAGGAUUUUUAGCUAUUAUUCUAAUCCUUAUUCUUUUUGUAAUAUAUUUAUUACUCAGAACUCUUUUUAGGAGGUUGACACUGAUCAUUAAAAAAUUCUAUUUAAACGUUGAAAAAGAGAGAGAUACAACUGUCAAAAAAGACAAAUAGAGAAAAAUAGUGUAGAAGUCAAGCUAAGACAUUUAUUAGACAAAUAUUGAAUAUUGAAAAAUUUUUUACGAAAUUAGAUAGGCUACUGUGUAUAAUUUAUGUAAUAGUUUUAUAGAUAUAUCAAAAAUUCUUGAGAUAAUAAAAGUAUUAAAAAAUGAAA